UACAAAAUGAAAUCAUGAACAAAAGUAAUUUCAAAUUUUAGUAUUUUCGUGUUAUUUUGCUACCCUUCAAAAUUUUUAUUUUAGACUAUAUAAAGAGAAUGGAUGACGAUAAAGAAGAUUUGAUACAUCGUGCUAAAAUUGCCGAACAGGCUGAACGUUACGAUGAUAUGGCUGCAGCUAUGAAAACCUUAACAGAAACUUGCGUUGAGCUAUCGAAUGAAGAACGAAAUUUAUUAAGUAUUGCAUAUAAAAAUUUAAUUGGCGCCAGACGUUCAUCAUGGCGUAUUAUCACAUCCAUUGAACAGAAAACAGAAGAAUCACAACGUAAAAAGCAGAUUGCAAAAGAGUAUCGUGAAAAAGUUGAAAAAGAACUUCGUGAUAUUUGUCACGAAGUGUUGGAAUUAUUGGAUAAAUAUUUAAUACCACGUGCAAAGAAUGCUGAUUCUAAAGUGUUUUAUUUAAAAAUGAAAGGUGAUGAUUUUCGGUAUUUAGCGGAAGUAGCAACUGGAGAAAAUCGUGAAGUUGUAUUAUUAGAAUCACAAAAAGCAUAUCAAGAUGCAUUGGAGAUAUCUAAAUCAAAGAUGAUACCUACACAUCCAAUACGUUUGGGUUUAGCAUUAAAUUUUUCAGUUUUUUACUAUGAGAUUUUAAAUGCUCCAGAUCGUGCUUGUGAACUAGCGAAACAAGCUUUUGAUGAUGCUAUAGCUGAAUUAGACACUCUCAAUGAAGAUUCGUAUAAAGAUUCAACUGUUAUAAUGCAAUUAUUAAGAGAUAAUUUAACUUUGUGGACAAGUGAUAUGAGAGAUGGAGUGGAAGAACAAGCUGCCGAAGUUGUAGUCAGUUAAUUUUCUUUAAUUAUAUUUUGUGUAAUUCAAGGCAAAGUAGUCUUUGUGAAAGUAAGAAAAGAUCGAAAUUACACGAAAAUUAUAUGAUGGGAGAAAAUUUACAAAAUUAUUUAAUUGAUGUAAAAUAUGGUGGUUAAAUAAAAUGGUAUUGCUAUGUUUA